UGCUUGUUGAAAGCUUGGCUAACUGAAAAAGAAGAGGCUUUAAAUAAAGUCCAGACCAGCAACUUCAAAGACCAAAAGGAACUAAGUGUCAGCAUUCGACGACUGGCUAUCUUGAAGGAAGACAUGGAAAUGAAACGUCAAGCAUUGGAUCAGCUGAGUGAGAUUGGCCAGGAUGUGGGUCAAUUACUUGAUAAUCCCAAGGCAUCUAAGAAGAUCAACAGUGACUCAGAGGAACUAACUCAGAGAUGGGAUUCUUUGGUUCAGAGACUAGAAGAUUCCUCCAACCAGGUGACUCAGGCUGUGGCAAAGCUGGGGAUGUCCCAGAUUCCUCAGAAGGCUCUUUUGGAGACUGUUCGUGUAAGAGAACAAGUAACCACAAAAAGGUCUAAGCAAGAACUACCUCCUCCUCCCCCAAAGAAGAGACAGACUCCUGUGGAUAUCGAAGCUAAGAAAAAGUUUGAUGCUGCAAGUGCAGAGCUGUUGAACUACAUUUUGAAAUCAAAGACUGCCAUUCAGGCCGCAGAGAUAAAAGGCUAUAAGAAGAUGCAAGAGACUUCAGAAAUGAAAAAGAAGUUGAAGGGAUUUGAAAAAGAACAGACAGAAAGAAGCCCCAGACUAGAUGAAUUAAACCAAACCGGACAAAUCCUUUUGGAGCAAAUGGGGAAAGAGGGUAUUCCUAUGGAAGAAAUAAAAAAUGUUCUGGAGAAGGUGUUCUCAGAAUGGAAGAAUGUAUCUCAGCGUCUGGAAGAUCUGGCAAGAAAGAUUCAGCUACAGGAAGAUAUAAAUGCUUACUUUAAGCAGCUUGAUGAUCUCGAAAAGACCUUAAAGGCAAAAGAGGAGUGGGUGAAACACACUCCCUUUUCAGAAUCUCCCCAGCAGCCCUUGACGAGUUUGAAGGACUCCUGUCAGCGGGAAUUGGCAGAUCUCCUGAGCCUCCACCCCAGAAUUGAAAUGGUGCGUGCCGGUUGCUCAGCCCUGAGGUCUCGUCCUUCUGCUCCGGAUUUUGUCCGGCAGGCCUUCGAGAGCCUUCUGGGCCGCUACCAAGCUGUGCGACAGGACUUAGAGCAUCAUCAGCAACAGCUGGAGAACGAACUGAAGAGCCAACCUGGACAUGCAUAUUUGGAAACAUUGAAAACACUGAAAGAAACACUGAAUGAUUCAGAAAGUAAGGCCCAGACAUCUUUGAAUGCCUUGAAUGAUCUUGCAAAGCUGGAGAAGGCCCUGCAGGAAAAAAAGGCCCUUGAUGAAAUUCUUGAGAAUCAAAAACCUACGUUAUAUAAACUUGCAGAAGAAACAAAGGCUUUGGAGAAAAAUGUUUCUCCAGAUGUAGAAAAAAUGUAUAAGCAAGAAUUUGAUGAUGUUCAGGGCAAGUGGAACAAACUGAAGGUCAAGGUUUCCAAAGAUCUGCAUUUGCUUGAAGAAAUUACCUCCAAACUCAAAGCUUUUGAGGUGGAUUUGAAAGUCAUUGAGAAGUGGAUGGAUGGUGUGAAAGACUUCUUAAUGAAAGCGCAGGUGGUCCAAGGAGACGCGGAAGGGCUACAAAGUCAGUUGGACCAGUGCUCUGCCUUUGUUAAUGAAAUAGAAACAGUGGAAUCAUCUCUGAAAGACAUGGAAGAAAUAGAGGCUAACCUUCGAAGCUGUCCAGCUGCUGGAAUCAAAACCUGGAUGCAGACAAAACUAGUGGACUACCAAACCCAAUUGGAGAAACUUAGCAAGGAGAAACUCUAUAAAACUUUGAGUGAAGUCAAGCUGGAAGUAGAGACUGUAAUCAAAACCGGAAGGCACAUUGUCCAGAAGCAACAAACUGACAACCCCAGGGGGAUGGAUGAGCAGCUGACUUCUCUGAAGAUUCUCUACAAUGACCUGGGUGCCCAGGUGACAGAGGGAAAACAGGACCUGGAAAGAGCAUCACAGUUGGCCCGGAAAAUGAAGAAAGAGACUGCUUCUCUCUCUGAAUGGCUUUCUGUUACUGAAGCUGAAUUGGUACAGAAAUCCACAUCAGAAGGCUUGCUUGGGGACUUGGAUAUAGAAAUCUCCUGGGCUAAAAAUAUUCUGAAGGAUCUGGAAAAGAGAAAGGCGGAUUUAAAUACCAUCACUGAGAGUAGUGCUGCCCUGAAGAACUUGAUCGAGGGCAGUGAGCCUGUUUUAGAGGAGAGGCUCUGUGUGCUUAACGCCGGGUGUAGCCGAGUCCGUACGUGGACAGAGGAUUGGUGCAAUACAUUAAUGAAUCAUCAGAACCAGUUGGAAAUAUUUGACGGAAAUGUUGCUCACAUAAGUACCUGGCUUUAUCAAGCUGAAGCUCUAUUGGAUGAGAUUGAGAAAAAACCAGCAAGUAAACGGGAAGAAAUUGUGAAGCGUUUAAUAUCUGAGCUAGAUGAUGCCAACCUCCAAGUUGAAAAUGUCCGUGAUCAAGCCAUUGUUUUGAUGAAUGCACGUGGAGGCUCAAGCAGGGAACUUGUAGAACCAAAAUUAGCUGAACUGAAUAGAAACUUUGAAAAGGUGUCUCAACAUAUCAAAAGUGCCAAGUUGCUAAUUGGCCAGGAACCAUUAGCCUACCAAUGUCUGGUCACCACUGAAGCAUUUGAAGCUGAUGUACUUUUCUCUGACCUGGAAAAAUUAGAAAGUGACAUAGAAAAUAUGUUAAAAGUUGUGGAAAAACACUUGGAAUUCAGUGAUGAAGAUGAAAAGAUGGAUGAGGAGAGAGCCCAGAUUGAGGACGUUCUACAGAGAGGAGAACAAAUGUUACAUCAACCUAUGGAGGAUAAUAAAAAAGAAAAGAUCCGUUUGCAGUUACUACUUUUGCGCACAAGAUACAAUAAAACUAAGGAACUCGAAGAGGGCAUCAGCAGCCACCAGCCCAGUUUUGCAGCCCUGAACAGAACCGGGGAUGGGAUUGUACAGAAACUCUCCCCCAUGGAUGGAAGCUUCUUGAGAGACAAGCUGGCAGGUUUAAACCAGCGCUGGAGUGCGAUCUUUGCAGAAGUGAAGGACCGGCGGCCAAGGCUUAAAGGAGAAAGUAAGCAGGUGAUGGAAUAUAGAAAAAGACUAGAUGACAUUAUCUGUUGGUUAACAAAGGCCGAGAAUGCUUUGCAAAAGAGAUCAACCACUGAGCUGGAAGAAAACCUGCAAGAAUUAACAGACUUAACCCAGGAGAUAGACGUACAAGCUGAAAAACUCAAAUGGUUGAAUAGGAAUGAAUUGGAAAUGCUUUCAGAUAAAAGUCUGAGUUUACAUGAAAGAGAAAAAAUUUCAGAAAGCUUAAGAACUGUAAAUUCGACAUGGAAUAAGAUAUGCAGAGAAGUGCCUAGCACAUUGAAGGAACGCAUCCAGGAACCUUGUUCUGUGUCUCAGACAAGAAUUGCUGCUCAUCCUGGUGUCCAAAAAGUGGUGCUAGUGUCCUCUGCGUCAGACAUUGCUGCUCAGUCUCCUCGUACUUCGGAAAUUUCAGUUCCUGCUGAUCUGGAUAAAACGAUCACAGAGCUAGCUGACUGGCUAGUCCUCAUCGACCAGAUGUUGAAGUCCAACAUUGUCACUGUCGGGGAUAUAGAAGAGAUCAAUAAGACAGUUUCCCGAAUGAAAAUCACAAAGGCUGACUUGGAACAACGCCAUCCUCAACUUGAUUAUGUUUUUACAUUGGCACAGAACUUGAAAAAUAAAGCUUCCAGUUCAGAUGUGAGGACAGCAAUCACAGAAAAAUUGGAAAAGGUCAAGAACCAGUGGGACAGCACUCAGCAUGGUGUUGAGUUAAGACAGCAGCAGCUGGAGGAUAUGAUUAUCGACAGUCUUCAGUGGGAUGACCACAGGGAGGAAACCGAGGAACUUAUGAGAAAAUAUGAGGCUCGACUCUAUAUUCUCCAACAAGCCCGAAGGGAUCCACUUAUCAAGCAGAUUUCUGAUAAUCAAGUAAGACUCUUUAGAUUUGUGUUUUUUUGGCAUUAUCACAUUGCUGACAGACAGAGUGCCCUGGAAGCAGAGUUGAGGACCGUGCAGGCCUCUCACCGGGAUCUGGAGAACUUCCUAAAGUGGAUACAAGAAGCUGAAACCACAGUUAACGUGCUUGCGGACGCCUCUCAGCGGGAGAAUGCGCUUCAGGACACGGUGCUGGCCAGGGAGCUCACCCGGCAGCUGCAGGAUAUCCAGGCAGAAAUUGAUGCACAUAAUGACAUAUUUAAAAGCAUUGAUGGAAACAGGCAGAAGAUGGUAAAAGCUUUGGGAAAUUCUGAAGAGGCUACUAUGCUUCAGCAUCGCCUGGAUGAUAUGAACCAAAGAUGGAAUGACUUAAAAGCCAAAUCUGCCAGCAUCAGGGCCCAUUUGGAGGCCAGUGCUGAGAAGUGGAACAGGUUGCUGACAUCCUUAGAAGAACUGAUCAAAUGGCUGAAUAUUAAAGAUGAAGAGCUUCAAAAGCAAAUGCCCAUUGGAGGGGAUGUCCCAGCCUUACAGCUCCAGUAUGAUCACUGUAAAGCCCUGAGACGAGAGUUAAAGGACAAGGAGUAUUCUGUUCUAAAUGCUAUAGACCAAGCUCGAGUUUUCCUGGCUGAUCAGCCAAUUGAGGCCCCUGAAGAACCAAGAAGAAACCUACAAUCAAAAACAGAAUUGACUCCUGAGGAGAGAGCCCAAAAGAUUGCCAAGGCCAUGCGCAAACAGUCCUCUGAAGUCAAAGAGAAGUGGGAAAGUCUAAAUGUGGUCACUAGCAAUUGGCAAAAGCAAGUGGACAAGGCACUGGAGAAGCUCAGAGACCUGCAGGGCGCCAUGGAUGACCUGGACGUUGAUAUGAAGGAGGCGGAGGCUGUGCGCAAUGGCUGGAAGCCUGUGGGAGACUUACUCAUCGAUUCCCUGCAGGACCACAUCGAAAAAACCAUGGCAUUUAGAGAAGAAAUUGCACCAAUCAACUUAAAAGUUAAAACAGUGAAUGAUUUAUCCAGUCAGCUGUCUCCACUUGACCUGCAUCCAUCUCUGAAGAUGUCUCGCCAGCUAGAUGAUCUUAAUAUGCGAUGGAAACUUCUGCAGGUUUCUGUGGAUGAUCGCCUUAAACAGCUUCAGGAAGCCCAUAGAGAUUUUGGGCCAUCCUCUCAGCAUUUUCUUUCUACUUCAGUCCAGCUGCCAUGGCAAAGAUCCAUUUCACAUAAUAAAGUGCCCUAUUACAUCAACCACCAAACACAGACAACCUGUUGGGAUCAUCCUAAAAUGACUGAACUCUUUCAAUCCCUCGCUGACCUGAAUAAUGUACGUUUCUCUGCCUACCGCACAGCCAUCAAAAUCCGAAGACUACAAAAAGCACUGUGUUUGGAUCUCUUAGAGUUGAAUACAACAAAUGAAGUUUUCAAGCAGCACAAACUGAACCAAAACGAUCAGCUGCUUAGUGUUCCAGAUGUCAUCAACUGUCUGACAACAACCUAUGAUGGCCUGGAACAAAUGCAUAAGGAUCUGGUCAACGUUCCGCUCUGUGUGGAUAUGUGUCUCAACUGGUUACUCAAUGUGUAUGACACGGGUCGAACUGGAAAAAUAAGAGUGCAGAGUCUGAAGAUUGGAUUGAUGUCUCUCUCCAAAGGUCUCUUAGAAGAAAAAUACAGAUAUCUCUUUAAGGAAGUGGCGGGGCCCACAGAAAUGUGUGACCAGAGGCAGCUUGGCCUGUUACUUCACGAUGCCAUCCAGAUCCCUCGGCAGCUGGGGGAAGUAGCGGCUUUCGGGGGCAGUAAUAUUGAACCCAGUGUUCGCAGCUGCUUCCAACAGAAUAACAACAAGCCAGAGAUAAGCGUGAAAGAGUUUAUAGACUGGAUGCGUCUGGAACCACAGUCCAUGGUCUGGCUGCCCGUUUUACAUCGAGUGGCAGCAGCUGAGACUGCAAAGCAUCAGGCUAAAUGCAACAUCUGUAAAGAAUGUCCAAUUGUUGGAUUCAGGUAUAGAAGCCUAAAGCAUUUUAACUAUGAUGUCUGCCAGAGUUGCUUUUUUUCGGGUCGAACAGCAAAAGGUCACAAAUUACAUUACCCAAUGGUGGAAUAUUGUAUACCUGUGAUAAACUGUGAUCCCACAGGGUUGCAUUUUCGGACUGGACUCCGAGGAAUCAAAGGUCUUACCUCGUGUAUCGAGUGUUGCUUGUCAGCUGCCGGGCGCCAGUCCGAGGUCCCAGACGGCCACCACCGCUCCCCAGACUCUCUGGACCGCAGCAGACGUGGCCCAGCCGCCAUCCGCAUCCUCAUUGUUUCUACUUCCCUUACAACUGGAGACAUCGACUGCCAGACGUGCGCCUCAGUGUGUCCGUUUUGCCUCCCUAGGGAGGACGAGCAUGCCCUCAUCCAGCAGUACUGUCAGACGCUUGGAGGGGAGUCCCCAGUCAGCCAGCCCCAGAGUCCAGCUCAGAUCCUGAAGUCGGUAGAACGGGAAGAACGUGGGGAACUGGAACGGAUCAUUGCCGACCUGGAGGAAGAACAAAGAAACCUGCAGGUGGAAUAUGAGCAGCUGAAGGAGCAGCACCUGAGAAGGGGUCUCCCCAUCGGGUCACCUCCAGACUCUGUUGUGUCUCCUCACCACACGUCUGAGGACUCGGAACUUAUAGCAGAAGCAAAGCUCCUCAGGCAGCACAAAGGUCGGCUGGAGGCUAGGAUGCAGAUUUUAGAAGAUCACAAUAAGCAGCUGGAAUCUCAACUCCACCGCCUUCGCCAGCUGCUGGAGCAGCCUGAAUCUGAUUCUCGAAUCAACGGCGUCUCCCCCUGGGCUUCACCUCAGCAGUCUGCCCUGAGCUACUCGCUAGAUCCCGACCCUGGCUCUCAAUUCCACCAAGCAGCAGCGGAGGACCUGCUGUCUCCCCCACAUGACACCAGCACAGACCUCACGGAGUUUAUGGAGCAGAUCACCAGUACUUUUCCAUCUUGCUGCCGUGAGUAUGAAGGAUCCCCACACCACCACGACGCUGUUCCCUUCCAGGUCUUUUAUCUUGCUUGGGGCCCUUUGUCUUCUUUGGUAAGAGAGCAAAAACCAAUAGGAGAAACAGGAUUGAAUAUUAUGAGAGACGAUGGACUCUGAGAAACAAACUGAGGGUUCUAGAGGGGAGGGGGAUAGGUG